CUGGCCCGAGCCGUUUUCCAAGACAAAGAAAUCUAUCUAUUAGAUGAUCCACUAUCAGCUGUCGAUAUCCAUGUCGGUCGAAAAUUAUUCGAAAAAGUUAUCGGGCCGAAUGGCCUUUUGGGCCGAAAAAACACAACUCGAAUUCUGGUAACACAUAAUCUACAGUACACUAAACACGUGGAUUUGAUCUACGUGGUUGAGGAUGGAAAAAUUGUGGAAAGUGGGAAAUUUGAGGAUUUGGCAUAUUUACCGAAUGGCGCGUUUGGAAAAUUGUGGGCCGAAGCGGAUAAUUCGAGUUUGGAAGAUGAAGAGGAGCCUGAAGAGCUUGAAGAGCCGGGAAUCAGACCCGAAGCGAAGCCUGAAAUCAGAAAUGAAUCUAAAAUUCACAUCGAAAAAAACGCAGAAAUUGUGAAAAAUACAGAGAAAGUUGAGCUGGGAAGAGUGAAGAAAUCAGUUUAUCUAACUUAUUUUCGAAUUAUGGGAUGGUUUCCGGCUUGUGGAUUUUUGGCAUUUUUUAUUGCUCAUUUUUUAGUUAUGGUGAGUUUUUGGGGCUUAAAUAUGGUUUUCUCAAAUCUUCAAGCCAAAGUCUAGAUUUAUUAUUGCAGAUUGGUCGUUCAUUAUGGUUAUCCGAUUGGUCAAACGAGAAUUCGCGAAUUCAAAAAUCCCAACAAAAUUUAUCGAUUUUUGCCGAAAAUCCACCUUUGUCUGUUGAAACUCGACUCAUUGUUUAUGCAAGUUUCGGAGGAUUUGAAAGUGAGUUUGAAAAUGGAGGGACUAGAUUUUGCUUUGUGAAAACCUAGUCCUCCAGUUGUUAUGUUUCAAAGGGGAUUUCUUAAUUUCCAGUCCUUCUGCUGAUUUUCACGUUCACAUGCCUUACAAUCGGAAGUCUUCGCGCAUCUUACGGUCUUCAUGCUCCACUUAUUCAUUCAUUAUUACGUGCACCAAUCACAUUUUUCGAUUUGACACCAAUUGGUCGAAUAAUCAAUCGAUUAUCAAGAGAUUUAGAUGUUAUUGAUCGACUUCAGGAUAGUUUAAGAAUGAUGACACAAAGUAUUUUGAAUGUGUUUAUGAUUUUAUUCUUGAUUUCUUAUUCGACACCGAUUUUUUUGAUUGGUGCUGCGCCUUUAAUUGGAAUUUAUUAUGUGGUUAUGGUGAGUUUUAGUUAUAUUGGGAAGAUCAUGAUUAUUAAAAUCAACCAGUUUCACUCAAAUCUUUAUUUCAGACUCAUUUCAUUCCAACAUCUCGUCAAUUAAAACGUCUCGAAUCAGUAAAUCGUUCUCCAAUAUUAUCAACAAUAUCUGAAUCAAUUCAUGGUUCUUCUUCAAUUCGAGCAUUUAAUAAAAUCUCAACAACAUCUGAUCAAUUAUCAAAACAAAUUGAUAAAUAUGCACAAUGUCGAUAUUUGUCAUAUUUAUCAAAUCGUUGGUUAGGAACUAGACUGGAGUUAGUUGGAAAUACUGUUGUUUUAUUUGCAUCACUGUCUGCUACACUAUCUACUAAAUAUUUUGGAUUGUCACCGGGUUUGGCUGGAUUGUCAGUUUCUUAUGCAUUGACGGUGAGGGUUUAAAGAACUUUGAAGAUUUUUGAACAAAAAAUUUGAAUUUCGCAGUUUGAGAAGAAAUCUGAUGGUUUUGUCUCAAUUAAAAUUUCGAAAAAAUUAUCUCAAAAUGAAAUUACUUUUUUUGGAAAAAUUCCGUGAAUUAAAAAUAAUCACACAGCUUAAGGGCGUCCGGUCCGCGGCGGACCUGUGACAGACCCGUAAAACACUCGUGGGCAAAACACCUGUGACAGGUCUGAGACGUGUCGAUUUUGACCUGUAGCCCCACCUGUGAAUGACCCGUAAAAGACCUUUUUUCUACUUUUCGGUUGACCAACUACAAUUUUUUGAACAAUGUUAUAAUCAAUAAAAAUUUAUUUAAAAAUCAAACAAAAAAUAAGAAAAACUUAUUUUUCAUGGUCUUUCCGAUGCAUCUCUUUGAUUUGCGGGGAAGUUGGGUGCGGUGGCAGUUGGAGUAGGUUUUGUCAUUUAAUAGUAAAGGCGAUAUGGUGUAAUUCCUUGAAUCCACAAUUCUUGGUGACACCAAUCUGUCGCUCAUUUCGUCGUGAGAGAAGACUGUGUCAGCUGGAAGUUGCUUCUCGAUGUGCUCACAAGAAAAGUCCAUCUUUUGGGCAAACUCUGUUGAUUUGAAUUCCGACUAAAUCAGUCUUCUUUUGACGGUGGUUGAGGAACUCCAUCUGAAAAUAAAGAACCAUUAGAAUCCGACUUUCUUAUUUAAGUUAUCAAACCUGCGUGUGAUCAGUGACAUGGAUAAACUAUGCUUCUGAGCUUGUUGAUGUCGGAUUCGAUGAGUUUCUUUCCAUCUUGUUCUUGCCAUUAUAACACAGUUGGUGAUAUCCUUGUUUUUGAGGCAGUCUAUAAAUUUAUAUUACGAUUACGUACAUUAGUAAAUUAUAAGUUGUGACGAAUUCAAGAAUCAAGAAACGACAUGUCAUUAAAAUUUUCAACUCUAACAGGGAACUUUCGAGAAUAAUUCAUUAAAAUAAGCUAGAAUUGAGUGAAACUGCGAAAUAUAUUCGUUCUACUAUUUGAAAAUUGAAAAAUCAACGAAAAUGAAAAAUUAUAUUUCCAGGUCUAAAUUCGUGUUUUAUGAAUAAAUUUUCAAGUUCUAAAGAAAUUUGCUGCUUGAUCCUAGGUAGGCAACAUGGUUUAUACAUGUUUCACAGCUUCAAACACUUAAUUUCUCGAUAAAACGUGGAAAACACAAAAAAAAAACGAAAAAAAAGAAAAAAAAUCAGCGGUGUGCAUUUCGUCCGAGAGAAGUUCACACACAUAUCGCUGCAGGACCUUUUCAUUUAAUUGUAUGCGCCUUUAAUUUUUUACCUUUUAAAACCAUUUUGGUGGAAAAUGGUUAACACCAUUCGACGCAGAAUUUCGAGCUGAACACAAUGAUUAUAAAUUCAUCUUAUGUUUUGACCGAUUUUCAAUUUUUAGGUUUUUGGUGAAUUUUAUUUUAUUUUUUUGAAUUUCACUCAGCCACAUCAUACAGAGUUUGCGACGCCGCUGAACAUUUCUGAUCAAAACGUCGACAUCCUAAAUAAUGAGCCGGAAAUCGGGAAUUUUCGAAAGAUAAAUAUUUUUGGAAGCCAACUUAUCCUAGAAAAACUGCUUAGCAGCUCUGAGAAUCGGUCAGCAAAAGUGGAAACGGGUUCUUUCUCAGAGUUGAAAACUAUCAAACGAUUAAUCUCUCAUUGAAAAUGUCUCAGUGAACACACUCUUCCUUACUCAGAAAGUGUCCUGACAGCCGUCGGCGAGAAAAUCUCGCCAGCUAGCACGCGAGCCGGCAGACGGCCGUCCAUUUCUCGCAUUUUUCUGGCGAAACCUCGCCAGUUCUCGCUGCUAGCUAGCGUUUGCCUGUUGUUUUCGCAAUUCAUAGAGCUUAUUUUAAAACAAUUUAUUGAAUAAAAAACACAUUAAUUAUCAGAAUCCUGUGGGUGUGGAAGUGUGGAGGGUGUUUGUGCUGUUUUCCAGGCUGCGAAGAUUUUGCCGAUGAUUGUAGAAUCUGAAAUUGUGAAUCGUGUUGAAAACUUAGUUUUAAAAAUAUAGGACAUUGGGAAAUGGGAAAAAAUCGAGUCAUUUUUGAAGUGUUUCAAGUUACAUAUUCAGAUAUAGCCUAUUAUCUGCAAAAUGAAAAACAGACUGCUGAGGCAGCGUUCAUUGUUUAGAAAACACAACGAGCCAAAAUUACAAGGUUUUCGUAGAAAGUGAGUCAGUGCUGACAAGCGAUUUAGGAGCUUGACUUGACAAUGACAUGGUAAUUACUUGGCAACUACUUAUUCCUAUCACUAUCAAUUUUCUAAAAGUAAUGAUUUUCUAAUUUAUCAAGUACUAAUGGAAAAAUACAAUCAAAUACAUUUCUAGAUGAAUAUGAUUAACAGACAUGAAUAUAGAAUUUUCCAUUCGAAGUUUAUAUAGAAUGAGUUCUUUUCUCAUGAAAUCGAUUUGUUCCUACACUAGAGCAUGAAUUUAAAACUACUGGGACUUAGGAACCAAAGCUUUCAUUCAAACCACCUUACCUUACAAAUUUUAUCAAAAAUAUUGUUGUGCUGCUCGUCCAUCCCGCCAUUUCAGUCGAAAACAUCGCUUCAAACAUCGAGAGCCCUGUAAAAUAGGUUUACACCAAUUUACUGAAUUAAAAAUCAUCUGCACUCACCAAAAACACAUUUUCAUGUCACGAAGGUGCCUGGAAAUGUGCACCGUCUCCAUUCCAACACUUUGCGACGUUGAUUGCAUGUUUUCUGUGAAAAUUCUCGAUGAAAAAGGCAUAAAACGAUUUUAGGCCAAAAAAUUCGAAAAAAAAUGAAAAAGGAAAUAGACGAGCAAAUCUGCUCCAGUCGCAAUUUUUCUGUCCGCUAGCUAGCUGCUAGCUAGCGCUAGCUGGCGGCGAGGAAGAUGCGCUCGCUCCUCCCCUUUUUUGAGAAUGCGAGCUGGCGGACAGCCUCUGCUAGCUUUCGACGGCUCGCAACCUCGCGGACGGCUGUCAGGACACUUUCUGAGUUGUCGCACUGGUCCACUAUUCUUUUGAUUUUUUCAUUUUUUCAGUUAUUGGUCAAAAAUGAAUCAACUUUCCUACGGGUCAUUCACAGGUCAUUCACGGGUCAUUUCACAAUUUAUUCUCUCAACUUGAAAAACUACCCACAAAAGACCUGUAGAAGACUUUUCAAAAUACUUGUAGAAGACCCGUGUACAAGGAAAAAACACAAAGCAUCUGUAAACGACCUGUGAACCACCUGUGAAAGACCCACGGAAGACUCAUAAAACACCUUUAAAUCUUGUCGGUCGGUUACAGGUCUUUCGCGGAUCGGACGCCCUUAAGCUGUGCAAGUGCAGUUUAUUAAAUAAAAUUUUGAGCUAUAGUAGUCCGAAAUUCUCUAUAUUUAUUUCGAGUUACAGUAACCCAACACAAUAUCAAAUUUGUUUAUUAGAAAUUCCAGUGCCUUCCCAAAAAUACGUUUCAAUCAUUUUUGAAAUGGAUUUUGUUUUGAACAUAUUAUUAGAAUUGUUUUAAAUCCAGAUUUUCAUCAGGCGAUGUACAUUUUUAGAAGAAAAUCACACAACUUGAAAAAAAAUUCUGAAUUGCUGUUUAAAAAUGUUAAUUGUAAAGCUUAAAAUAGAAACGUUGAGAGAAACUUAGAAAUUUAUUCAUAACAGCCUAUGCCGGAAAAUGUAAGCCUAGAAGACUGAUCCCCUUUUUUCCAGAUCACCGAAGUGUUAAACAUCUGUGUCAGAACUGCUUCCGAUCUCGAAUCAAAUGUUGUUUCUGUCGAAAGAAUCGACGAAUAUCAAAAAAUUGAACCAGAAGCCCCGUGGAAAUCGGAAAAUUCAGAUUCGUUGAAAAAUUGGCCUGAAACCGGCGCAAUUUCCUUCAAAAAUUAUUCGAUGAAAUAUAGGCCAACUCUGCCAAAAGUUCUUGAUUCAAUAAAUCUCGAUUUUAAAGGAGGCGAAAAGAUUGGAAUAAUCGGAAGAACUGGUUCUGGAAAAUCAUCGUUGACUAUGUCGAUUUAUCGAUUGAUUGAAAAAUUCGAAGGAUCGAUUGAAAUUGAUGGAAAAAAUAUAGAAAAUAUUGGACUACACGAUCUCCGAAAAAAUAUAAUUAUUAUCCCACAGGAACCUGUUGUAUUCUCAGGGACUCUUAGGUUUAACCUCGAUCCUUUUAAUGUUUUUUCGGAUCAGAAAAUUUGGGAAUGUUUGGAGAUUUGUCAAUUGAGCGAAUUUGCAACGGCUGAUGAAUUGAAAUUAAUGAGAUUUAUAUCAGAAGGAGGAAAGAAUAUGAGUCAAGGAGAAAGACAACUUGUUUGUUUGGCGAGAGCAAUUUUGAGAGGCGCCAAAAUUGUGAUUUUGGAUGAGGCGACAGCGAGUGUUGAUAGUUUGACUGAUUCUAUUGUUCAACAAGCAGUUAGAAAUUAUUUUCCGGAUUCGACAAAGAUUUCGAUUGCACAUAGAUUGGAUACAAUUGCGGAUUCGGAUCGGUGAGAGAAGAUUUUUUGAAACAUGUUUUUUGGUAUUCUCAAACUUCGCAAAGCUUUCAGUCACCAAUUUUUAUUCAAGAAAGAACACUCAAAAUUCAAGUUUUUAGCUACUGAGUCCAAUCCGAAACUCAAAAAAAAAGAAAAAAAAAGUGGAACUUUUUAUUCCAAGUUUUAGAACUUGAUUUUCAUUUGAAUUUCUUUUUCUUAAACCAAAUUGCGGCUCCCAUUUUCGAAAUUUCCCCAAAAAACCUCUCAAUAUUUUUCAGAAUCGUCGUUCUGGAUCAAGGCCACGUGGCAGAAUUCGACACUCCUCAAAAUCUUCUCAAAAAUCCUGCAUCUUUAUAUUCUCAAUUGAUCAAUGAGAAAAAUAGAACAUAA